GUAUGGGAUGAUGGGAGAGAACCAGGAUUUGAUGGCAGAGAUGCAUUUCUUUCGAUGUCUGAGAUGAGAGACAGCGCUUUUGGCUGUUGUGGACAGCCCUCGUCGUUGCCAGAAACAAAUCUCGUCGAUAGUCGCUCUUACCAUCUCUGUCGAUCACCCUCAUAUCAGAUUUGUCUGUGGCAAAAGAUGUCAACAAUGUACAUAUCACAUCGACCAUUUUCGCUAUCGUUGACAUUGACAAGCACUGCUUAUUCAAAGUAAGUUCAAGGUGAAUACAUUGGCAGCAUCAUCGCGAGUCGUCUAACCGUUCCUGGCUAGAUGACUUACGCAAUUUUUGCCUUGGGCUUAUUUCUCCUUCUCUCCACGGUCAACGCCCAGGAUGGCAGACUCUUCUUUCAAGGACCAGCCUUCUCUCAGUUUCCUGUGGCAACAUUCGACGUGGAUUGCCCUGAAAUCGGUCCAUCAGGAUCAAAUCUGACCAUCGAAAAUUCGCGAGACGGCACAGGAUGCUUCCCAGCAUUGGGGUGGUCGCCUUCGUCACCAGGCACCGCAAAGUAUCUCAUCAUUAGCGAGGAUCCAGAUGCACCGUUGCCAAAGUCCAUCAUCCACGGGCUCUACUACGCGAUCCCACCUGAGUUUACUGGAAUAACCGAAGAGUCUCUCCUCUUUGAUGGAAUACCAUACACCGUUAGGGCUGGGUUCAAGUACGGCCAGAAUAGAGGAGGGAGUGUCUACCUGGCGCCGCAGCCAAUGGUGGGACACGGACCACAUCGGUACUUUUUCGAGGUCAUUGCACUCAACCAGACGAUUGACCAGGCCAAUCUCAGUCCAGCUGCGACUGUGGAAGAGAUAGCGCGAGAGAUUGAAGGCAAGGUUGCGGGAUGGGGGGCAUGGAUGGGAGUGUUGGAGAGGACAUGAGCGGUGAAAUUGACUAUUCUUAUGCACGUUGGCAAGUUAUCAAUAUCGACAGUGUAUUCUUGAGCAGCAGCAGAUCAAGCAGAUUUUGAGUAGUGCACUGGUAUUUAUAGAAGCAUUUUUUACCUUUUUCAGGGAGUAGGUAGGCACUGACUUCUCAUAUUCAUGCAAUAACCGGCUAUGAUGGGGUAUCAAUAUGCGACAAAGUUUGGAGAAUGAGGCAUAGCAGAAG